AUGGCGACUGAGUCCUCGUCUCCUGCCAAUCCUCCCGCCGCCGGUGGAACUCCUCAGAAUUCAGCUGCUGAAGCUGUGCAACCAGCAAAUGGAGAUAAGCAAGAUGCCGCUCCACAAAAUCCGAAGUCUGUCUUUGUGAAUUCGGAACCAAUACGAGAAGACCAAGUACAAAAUGCCAUAAAAUUUCUUUCUCACCCGAAAGUUAGGGAUUCUCCAAUUUUCCACAGAAGAAAUUUUCUUGAGAAGAAGGGGCUAACUAAGGAAGAGAUAGAUGAAGCUUUUCGGCGUGUACCAGAUCCGUCCCCAAGUGCUCAGCCAACUGCUACCAAUCAGGCAGGACAGGGAGUAACAACAUCAACCAUUCAGCCAGCAGCUGAUGCUCAAACCCCGCUGCCAAUGACAACUGUUCCUAGUGGUGGGAGUCCCUCGAUGGUCGCCUUGGCUCGGUCUCGAUUUCACUGGUACCAUGCUGUUGUUGCUGUUGGAUUGCUCACAGCCUCUGGUGUUGGAACGGCUAUUUGGGUUAAGAAGUCCAUGAUUCCCCGGCUAAAAUCUUGGAUACGGUGGGUGGUUCUGGAAGAGAAACAUGGUGAUGGGGACAUAACAAAUAUAAAACCAUCUUUGGCUGAAGAAGCUGCAGCAGCGGCAAAAUCAGCUGCAGCUGCUGCGACUGAUGUGGCAAAAGCAAGCCAGGAAAUGAUGAUCUCAAGACGUGAAGAGAAAGUAAACAUGGAGAAGUUCAUGGAGUUGUUACAAAUGCAAGUGACUGAAAUUAGGUCAAUGGGCAAUGCCAUACAACAACUGGAAGGGAGAAGUGACAAAAUUGAAAGAACUCAUCGGGUCGAACAUGGAGGGUACAAUGGUUCAAUUGCAAACCUUAAGCCAACAUAUCCAAUGGGAAACAAACCAGAGAUUGAUUCACGCUCAGCAAGGUCUUCCUCACCACCAACUUCUGCAGAUCAAUCUGCCCCACCUUAUCUCAAUUCAUACAUGGAGGAUAUGAAUGAUCAACCCCCCUAUGCUAGCCAGCAAAUUUCAAAUCCUCGCUCGGCUCCCAGGUCUAAGCCUUGGGAUGGUGGUUAUCAAGCCACAACCACCUCAAGAGGAGGAGGAUUUGGUUCUUCACUGAAUGGGGACAGAGGUUCAGAUUUCGGUGCACAGAACAACGGAGUGAGCUAUCAGGUGGACGCCCAGAAUACCGUGCCUUGGUGGCAGAAGAAGAACCCGAGAAUCACUGAGCUUGACUACGUCGAACCCAAGCCAGGGUCCAACACCGUUGCACAGACCAACGAGCAGCCACCAAUUCAGCGGACAUGGGUGCCUCCUCAGCCUCCGCCAGUUGUAAUGCCUGAAGCAGCAGAAGCCAUUCGGCGACCAAAAUCCAAGAAAGAGGCCGCAGAGCCUGUUACCAAUCAAGAAACGAGCGGAGGGGGAUCAUCAUCAACUGCUGCUGUUGCUGAGGUCACGGACGAGUUGCAGAGGAUAACCAAGAUAUCCGAGUCUGGAGGGGAAGUAGAGGAGACGACGGCGCACAGCGGAGGACAAGAAACGAACGGAGGAUUGAAGUUGAGCGAGAUUGAGGAAGAACCCGUACAGAGCUAUUGA